UCGGCUUCGAGUGAUCUUUGGACGAGUAAAGGCCCAGCCGUACCCACGAUUCCGGUGAGUGAACUCGUCAACGGAGGAGGAGCAGGAUCUGCAUAAUGGGGGUGCCCUCCGUGCUACGCGAAGCCUCGUCCGUGUUGACGCAUGCCAGUCUGGCCGUCAAGAUCGUGAUCGGGGUGAUCCUGUCGGGCUAUGUGCUCUCCUUCUGGGAAGACACGGCCCUGAAAGUCUUGAGCGUCACUCCCGGAUACUUUUGGCCGCCUCAUUUCUGGCUGUGGACGGCCUUCACGCACUGCGCGUUGGAAAUUCAUUGGUGGGCCGUGCUCUUGGACGUGGCCACCAUAGCCUUGGUGGGCAAGCUCUUGGAACCGUUGUGGGGCGCCAUUGAGAUGUUGGUCUUCUUCACGGUAGUCAACGUGGGCGUGGCCAUUCUCUCGGCUUUCUUCUACUAUCUACUCUACAUGGUCACUUUCAAUACGGAUCUACUCUUUGACGUACAUAUUCAUGGGAUGGCCGGGUAUUUGGCCGGUGUGUCUGUGGCGGUCAAGCAAGUGAUGCCGGAUCAUAUCCUGUACCGCUCACCUUUGGGCAAAAUCACUAACCGCCAUGUGCCGCUCAUCCUGUUGGGACUGACGCUGAUUUUGUGGGCUGGACACUUGUCCCAAGGUUCCUACUGCACCAUGUUCGGCUCAGGACUCCUCGUCAGCUGGACCUACUUGCGAUUCUACCAAAUCCAUAGCAAUGGCACGCGCGGGGAUAUGGCUGAGAAUUUCGCCUUCCACACAUUUUUCCCCAACGUCAUUCAGCCCCCAGUGGCCAUGGUCAGCUCGACCCUCUUUACGCUCCUGGUCAAGCUCAAGCUUUGUCGACGACCCGUGCGCAAAUACGAUAUCGGCUCCUCGGGCUCGUCGAUUUCCAUUUCGCUGCCCGGAGUCGAAUCCCACGACACCGAACGGCGGCGUCAAAUCGCCCUAAAAGCUUUGAGCGAACGCCUCAACCAAGUCGACGGUAAAGGGGGACGCGAGAGUUCGCCCACCUCGGAUUGGCCCAAUUUGGAUGGCGAGGAGGAAGAGGACCGCCGACCCUUGAUUGAAUCCGUGCAUAUUCCGAUGGAAGCCCCCACCCACGACCGAGGCGCUUCUCCUAGGAGCUCGGAUGUCGCGCCCCAGGCCUCCGAACAACCCAUGUCAGUCCCUUCUGUCGACACUGUGGUGGUUAACUUGCCCCAAUCGACCGGAGACGGAGAGGAGUCGCCUUCGGUCAAGUCGUAGGUUCAAACGCACCACGGGUCUCGCAACACUCGAUGAUACUGUGAUAAGAUACCCCCCCUUCCUCCACUCUCCUUGGCCUCCUCCAAUUUCCCCUUUUGUUAUUGAUGUGACUUUUUGCGUGAAAGAGUGAGUGACCCUUCUCCACCCUCCUCAUCGAUGAAUGGCCUUGGUCCCAUUGAACCUAGACAACUGCCAGGUUCAUCCCUCAUGAGCGAACUCCUGAGGUUUGGUCCGACGCCCAAGACCCCAAGACCGUAUUACUAUGUUUGACGUAUUCGUGCUGCAGUUUCACUGAAUAUAUCACAAUGAUAGAGUU